AGAGAGAGAGAGAGAGAGAGAGAGCGCGCGCGCUUGCCAGCUGUGUGGACUCUCCGUCCUGAAGGCUGAAUCUCGCGGUGGUGAAAGCAUCUCCUCCUCCUCCCGGUGACAACAGGUCCUCUGAUCCAGCGUUGAGCGGUGGUCUCUCCUCACUGACACGUUGACGCGUCUCCGCAGGACACUUUGGACACUUUGGAUUUUCAUUAACGGCCCGAGAAACGUUUGUACUUUUUAAAGAAGUUCGCCAGGAGACUUCCCCAAAACUUUUUGGGAGGAGAGAGAGAAUGCUUCUGCUAGGACACCAGCCGCCAGUCCAGUAAAACCAUGGAGUUGUACCCGGGCAGCGGGCGGUGGCGGUGGAGGAUCCAUCACGUCCUCCCAGUGGCCCUGCUGUGGAUCAGCCUGCACAGCCAAGUGCUCGCCUGCGGCCAGUCGGACUGUGUCCUGGUUCUGACCGAGGCGCAGGGGGAGUUCAGCUCGCCCUGCUACCCCCAGCACUACCCCAAGUCCCUGGCCUGCAAGUGGACCAUGCAGGCCCCCACGGGCUUCAUCAUCCAGCUGUCCUUCCUGGACUUUGACCUGGAGGAGGCCCUUGGCUGCAUCUACGACCGGGUGCUGGUGAACACGGGCAGCGCCGAGGUGCGGCUGUGCGGGCUGACGGCCCACGGCCUGACGCUCAACUCCACGGGCAGCCUCAUGGAGCUCUCCUUUAACUCCGACUUCAGCGUGCAGAAGAAAGGGUUCAGGGUUAGCUACCACCAUGUUGCCGUGGCGUUGAGGAACCAGAAGGUGCAAUUAAGCGGCGGCAAGAGCAGUAAGGUGGCCAGGUCCGUCUCCAUUCCGACGAUGAGUCACAUGACCACAUGCUUCGAGGUCGCCGGAACAGCUAAAACAAACAAAGAGUCAGUCUACUUUGUGUACUCGGUGGGCGGCGAGGACCACGCGCUGUGUCUACGGGACCAGGGCCGCAGCAUGGAGCUGCUGGUGGACGGGGAGGCCUGCGACAUCCAGGCCCUCUUCAGCUCCUCCGACCUGGGCUCCUCCAUGCAGCCCGUGUGCCUGACGUGGACCUCGACCAGCGGCCUCAUCGCCGUCUCCUUCAAGGGGAGCUACCGGACCGCCACCUGCCCCGACACCGUGGGGGCGGCCGUGCCCGCCGGGGGGGAGCUGAAAGUAGGCGGCAAAGACAGCAUCAGCGGGGAGAUCUAUAACUUCCGUCUGUGGGACUACGCCAUGACGGCUCAGCAGUUGGCGGCGCUGACCUGCGACGCGGUGGGCAGCGUGGUGGACUGGGACACCAGCCACUGGGACAUCGCUCGCUCCCAGGCCGUCACCGACGCUACGCUGAGCUGCAUCUGUUUCCCCAAUUGCAUUCACUUAACCGCAGCUGCGCCAACUAGUGGUACAUCGCUGCCAAACGACACAACGCACACCACCAACUGUGACUCCUCCGGACUGGGCUGCCCAGCCUCUACUUCUCCCACCAACCCAUCGUCCACUGACUCCACUAACAUCAUCCAUGCUACUAAUGUCAUCUCCCACGCAAUCUUCCCCAUUCCUCCAUCCUUGUCCAUCGUCCCCACCACAAGCAUGCCUCUAACCCCACCCUCCAACACCAGCACCACCUCCUCCAACUCCUCCUCAACCAUAUCCACUACCACAAUCCCGGCCCGACUCAGCUCCCCAUCCUCUGCUUUCGCCAGCGCUAGCAGCGCCAUCCCCGCUAUCGCAGUCGCUUGCACCUCCCCUGCUGAUGCUAAUGCUACCAUCACGCACCCAGCCACUGCCCUGACUCCAGCCAGUGACACAUCCACCCUUUCCUCCGCUACAACUAACCCACCAGCUACUAACCCUCCUCCCCCGCAUGAGGGCCUGUUCUACAGGGUGUCUUUCGUGGUGGAGGACGAGGACUCUGAACUGGAUCAGGGCGAUCUGGAGCUAUCGGUCCUGCAGUGGCUGAACGAAACGUUUGAGAGCUGGAGCGAUGGUGUCUACAUAGAUUACUUAAGUGUACUGGCAGCCUCAAAGCAGAGAACUUCCAGCUACACCCUCCAGGCCCUGCUGGUGUACAGCCACAGCACCAACGACAGCCUGGGGGAGGCGCUGGUCUCCUCCCGGCUGUCCAGCAGCGGCGGGUCCAUGGGCCGGGGGCUGCAGCUCCAGACAGACAGCAUCCAGGUCAAGGCCAUCGAGCACUGUCCAGAGGAGAGUCCUCUCCACUACCGCUGGCCCAAGACCCGGCCCACCACCACCCAGCAUCUGCCCUGCUUCCCCAACAAGGAGGUCAAGACGUCCAGGACCUGUAUGAUCAGCUCUCAGAACCUGUCGUCCUAUUGGUCCCCCCCAGACCUCAGCAACUGUACCGACAUUGAUAACAUCGAGCUGUCAGCAGAGAAUGCAGCGGAGGUGGCGGUGCAACUGGCUGACAUCACAAACAAUGCGCUGUCCGAUGAAGAGGUGUCUAAGGUGGUGACGAAGGUGAAGGAGCUGGUGAACCUAGUGAAGGUCAACUUCACGCUGGCCUCCACUGUGGUCACCAUCAUCUCCAACAUCAUGACGGGCUCAGAGAGCAUGCCGGCCGCCGCCUCCGAGAAGGUGCUGAGGACAGUGGAUGACCUGGUCCAGAAGAUAGAGUUUGAGGGUCCGUCUGUCAUGAUCUCCUCCAGACACCUGGCAGUGGCAGUCUCAGCUCUGAACGCCAGCAGCUACAAUGGGACCUCCUUCAGCGCCUCCAUCCCCCCCAACAACACAGACCCCCAGAUCAACUUUGAGACGGACAGCGGUCAUCCUCUUGCCCAGGUGACCCUCCCUGCAUCCCUGCUGACCAGUGACAGCCUGUCUGAGGCGGAGCGAGACACAGUCGACAGGAUCAACUUCAUGUUCUUCAGCAAGAACAACUUCUUCCAGGGGGAGCAGGACGGUCUCUCUCUGAACAGCUACGUGGUGGCGAGCAGCGUGGGAAACCAGUCCAUCAGCAACCUGCCGGAGCCCAUAGAAAUACACAUCACACACCUGUUCUACCAGCCCUCACCGAACCCAGUGUGCAUGUUCUGGGAUUUCACCAUGAAAGAUGGGGACGGAGGCUGGAACAGAGAGGGCUGCAGGGUUUCCCCAUUGUCCAAUCACAACAAGACUGUCUGCUUGUGUGACCAUCUCACACACUUUGGCAUCCUCAUGGACAUCUCCGGAGCCGCGCCCCAGAUCGACCAGAGGAACACCAAGAUCCUGACCUUCAUCACCUACAUCGGCUGCGGCGUGUCGGCCAUCUUCUCAGCGGCCACCCUGCUCACCUACAUCGCCUUCGAGAAGCUGCGUCGCGACUACCCUUCCAAGAUCCUGAUGAACCUCAGCACUUCCCUGUUGUUCCUCAACAUGGUGUUCCUAUUGGACGGCUGGCUCGCCAGCAUGGACGCCGAUUGGCUGUGCGUCUCGGUGGCCGUGUUCCUGCACUACUUCCUGCUGACCACCUUCACCUGGAUGGGCCUGGAGUCUAUCCACAUGUACAUCGCUCUGGUGAAGGUGUUCAACACGUACAUACGCCGAUACAUCCUCAAGUUCUGCCUCGUGGGAUGGGGUCUUCCGGCGGUGCUGGUGAGUGUGGUGGUGGCAGUGGACAGGAAGUCGUACGGCAGGCAGGAGUACGGCAGAGGAAGUCCAGGAGAGGAGACGCAGGGGUCCUCAGAGUUCUGCUGGAUCCAGAGCCCGGUGGUGUUCUACAUCACGUGCGUGGGCUACUUCUGCCUGGUGUUCCUGAUGAACGUGGCCAUGUUUGUGGUCGUCAUGCAGCAGAUCUGCGGCCGCAACGGCAAGCGCAGCAACCGCACGCUGAGGGAGGAGGUUCUGCGUAACCUGCGGAGCGUCAUCAGCCUGACCUUCCUGCUUGGUAUGACCUGGGGCUUCGCGCUGUUCGCCUGGGGCCCCGUCAACGUGGCCUUCAUGUACCUUUUCGCCAUUUUCAACUCUCUACAAGGUCUGUUCAUCUUUGUGUUCCACUGUGCACUCAAAGAAAACGUCCAGAAGCAAUGGAGAAGAUACCUCUGCUGUGGCAAACUCAGACUGGCAGACAACUCAGACUGGAGCAAGACGCCCACUAACAACACAAAGAAAGUGAGCUCGGAGAACCUGGGGAAGUCUCUGUCCUCCAGCUCCUUCAGCUCCACCACCGCCACCUGGACCUCCAAGGCCAAGGCAACCCUCUACCCCUUCAACAAGAGACACAGCAACACAGGUAAAGGUUUCUACAACCAGGCUAGCCCCAAGUGUGCGUCCUCCUGCUCCUCAUCCUCCGAGGCGGAGACACCCCCCUCGUCCUCCUCCAACUCCAUCCUGCCCGUCAGCCAGAUGAUAGACAAGGUCAAAGGUUACUGCUCUACUCGCUCAGACAACUUCUACAAGAACAUCAUCCUGUCUGACAGCUUCAGCAACAGCACCAAGUUCUGAAGCUUUUGCAAGACUCUCUCUCUCUCUCUCUCUCUCUCUCUCUCUCUCUCUCUCUCUCUCUCUCUCUCUCUCUCUCUCUCUCACUCUCUCUCACUCUCUCUCACUCUCACUCUCACUCUCACUCUCACUCUCACUCUCACUCACUCUCAUUCUCUGACCUUGUUUAAUCCUGUGUACCAAUCCUGAGGUUCCGCAAAACAGUCUCAGAAUGUGCAGCUCAAAUUGUUUUGUUUUUUUCAUCAACCGUUUUGUUGGCGGCAUUUUCAUGAAAGUUCUGGAAUGUAAAGCACCUCUUGCUUCCCAUUGGCUGACACAGCCAGCAAGCAAUUUUGAUAUAUUCGAUAUUUGCCAUGUUUUUAUAUUUUUCCCCUACAGUUCAGACUCCGGCCCUGGUAGUUUUUUGCGGUGUGACAAUCAAAAUGUCUUACGUUUUGACUUACUGAGUUCACCUGAAUCCAAGAAAAAAUACCAAAACCAAACAUUAGGCCUAUAAAGUUGUAUUUGGACCUAGCCCUGCUUCAAAUAUGUAUUAAUUCGGCAAGCAUCUAUUUUUAGUUGUAGUGAAUAAGGACAACAUAAUCUCAGAUCAGUAGCAGUCCUAUUGUGUUUUAGCAGAACUUCUGGGGGAGAAGGCACAGAGCCUGGGCCAAAUCAAGGGGCAAAGAUACACCUUUUUUCCUGUUUCAUAACCGAAAUAUUCUAUUGAAGAAAACUCAGAUUGCAGCAACAUGAUUGGUUGAUACAAAUAUAAAGUAUAUAUAUAUAGUAUAUAAAGUACAGAAAGUGACACGCCCGUAGUCACAGAUAUGACCUUUUCUGCCAUCAGACUUAACAUUAAUCUAAAAUCUGAUUUGAGAGACUAGGGACAAUGUUACACGACUUCCAAUAUGUUCAUAUGUGUCAAUUUAGAAAAUACAAAGAAUUAUAUUUGAAACAUACAUAUUCUGUAACUUUAAGUGGUAGGAACAUAGUUGUGCGGUGAAUAAACAUAUUCACUGCGGAAAAACCUCAGACAUGGACAGCCCAUGGCCUCAUCUCUCUGAUGUCCUCCAACCAAUUCUCUCUGAAACUCUGGUUCGGAACCCCUGUAGUGAUUUCUCACAACUGGAGGUUGUCAUGAAUACUUCAGCCUUAUCCUGAACCUCAGCUUUACCCAGGCUUCACCUCACAGAGGAAUUUCUUGAGCAACUUUCAGAUUUGACCUUCCUAGUCACCAGCUCUUAGUGAGGGUCAUCAGAUGGGAUGCAAUUCAACAUUAUUAAUUUAUUUUACAUUUGAAUUACUUCCUUCAUUGAAUAAUGUAAUAGUUGCCACCCAUGCCAUUUAACAGCGCUAAACGUAACCCCCGACAGACUAUCUCAAUACAGUGUCAUUGUUAUGUAAAAAUGAGCCUUAUAUAUCAAGCACAAUCUGUUGAUGCAAUCCUUCCCAGACUUUAAGUGACUUACCUGGGAUUUAAACGGACCAUAAAGUUAAAGUUAUGUUUGUUGGUAAAGGAUAUGUAAAAAGUAUUUACGAUCGCAUAAAGUUUUUCUUGGAAUCCACUGUUGUUCUCUAUCAUCCCCAUUGGUGGUCAGUUGGGGCGGGGGGGCUGUUCAGGCAGCUUUCAGAGAAGAAACCAGCGGGGAAAUAAAUGACAGAUAAGAUAGAUAAGUAGUUUGCUAAUCACUCAAAUGUUUUUCAUUAUUUUCCCUCUAUCUAAAUACUGUGAGGUUUAAUGUCAAAACUGGUCAUGUGCAAAGCCACAAUUUGUGUAAAUAUCUUAUUUUAAGUGCCUUCUUUCUUCAUUACCUUAUAUGUGCCUGGAUGGUUGUUGCCGUUUUUUUACAUUUCCAUUUAUAAUACAAUGUGAUGCAGUAGAGCAGUGGAUGGGUCUUCUGCUAGCUUUAGAGCGAGCCCAAAGGUUCACUGCUAGCCAAAUGUAUGUCCCUAGCACCGCCAUUUUUGGUAUUUUGUGGUUUGUGGUUUUUUCUGCUAGCAAGUGCAUUCUGCUCUAUUAUUCACAUCCAUUGUAGCUAGUAUUUUUUUCACAAAGGGAAGUAAUAUUAUACUUUUUUAUUUUAUUUCUCAAACAUACUUGACUGUCCUACAGAUUUCCAUACACAUGACUACUGAUAAUCUUUGUAGAAACACAAUGUUGUUCUUUGGUCCAACUUUACUUUCUUUGUUGUUAAUGUUUAUGUUUUGUCCAUCACAAUAUCACUCUGCUACAUAAGAUAUAAGGUAUUUUCAUUGAUUCAAAUAUUUUGAAGCAAAUCAUUCGUCAUUCACAGUUUCCCGCUCUAUGAAUCACAAUUGUAGAUGGAAAAAAUAAAUGUAUAUCUUCAGUGUUUAAUUAAAUGUGUUUUGUUUGUUUUGUUGCUUCAUAAAAAAGGGACAAUAAUUAUAAUUAUUUGAAAAAGGCUCCUUUUUUUAACAAAUGUUCAUCAGUUAUUUGCUUUAUAUGCUAUACUCUGUAAAAAUGAUAUCUGAAAAGUGCUUUCUUUCUUUACCGUAAAAGUCUUGAUAUGUUUGUGAAACUGUUUUUGGAAGCUAUAAAGGAGUCAUGUCAUGGUU